AUGUAUUUGUCCACCUUCCUUCGUUUCUUCGUCCUCGCCGCCCCAAUCCUCGCAGCCCCAGCCCUGCCAAAUUCACCCGCCGGUACAGAAGCCUCCCUGACCGUGCGCGAAUUCGUCGAUGAUACGGCACCUCUCGUUGCCCGCGAUCCUCACGAGGGGACUGCUAUUCUCGCUCCCCGCGGCUCCCGAUCGAAGUCCUCGUCCCGUUCAAAAAGCAGCAAAAGCUCAAAGGCCGGCAAAGUCGCUGGUAAAGCCGCCAAGGCCGCAGCCAAAAAGGGCAAAAAGGGCAAAAAGAACAAGUGCGACAAGUCCAAGGCCGAAUCCAAGCAUCGCGGGAUUCUGUAUCGUUUCUUCCAUAGGAGCCGUAAGACCGCGGAUGAGACCGACUGCCCUGCAGAAGAGAAUCAAGAGAGGCAUUAA